GUAAACAUCACAUGUGAGCGAGGCUGAACUCUUGAGAUGUUUUCCUGUUUGAAACAUAAAGUCGGGGAGGUUUUGUUACCGGGAGAUGAUUUCAGCUUCCAGCCGGAGGACACCAUCUCUCUGACGGACACCGUGAAACCGGAGAAGGUGGUGUGUGGACCGGGACUGCGGCGGAGCGGAGACCGGCUGCUGGUGUCUAAGAGCGGCGUGCUGAGACACAAACAACCCAACAUGUUCUGGAUAGACUCCCAGCAGAAGAGGUACGUCCCGGCUAAGGGAGAGACGGUGAUCGGCAUCGUGACGGUGAAGUCGGGAGACGUGUUUAAAGUCGACUGUGGCGGCAGCGAGCAGGCGUCUCUGUCCUACCUCGCCUUCGAGGGGGCGACCAAGAGGAACAGACCCAACGUCCAGGUGGGGGAUCUGGUGUUCUCUCAGUUCGUGAUAGCCAAUAAGGACAUGGAGCCGGAGCUGGUGUGUGUGGACAGUUCGGGACGAGCCAAUGGGAUGGGAGUAUUCGGAGGAGGCGGGCUUCUGUUCCGAGUGUCUCUGGGACUCGUCCGAAGACUGCUGGCCCCCCAGAGCCCCCUGCGGGCCGAGCUGCAGCAGCUGUUCCCUCAUGAGUUGGUGAUCGGGAUGAACGGCCGUCUGUGGGUGAAAGCGUCCAGCGUGCAGCAGACGCUCAUCAUCGCUAACCUGCUGGAGAGCUGCGAGAACAUGACGAGCGAGCAGAGACGCACGCUGUUCAGGAAGGCAGCACAGGGGGCGCUGUAGACACACACACACACACACACACACACACACACACAUAGACACACACACACACA